AUGUCCUCGCGGCAUGCGGCGUUGGAAGGCCUGGAGCUGCUGUCGGACGCGAAGCAGCAGCAGCAGCAGCAGCAGGCGGAGCUGGCGAAGCGCGCGGAGCAGCAGGAGAACGCGACGGAGGCGCUCCGCGUUCGCGUCGGCGACCUCGAGACGGAGGCGCUGGCGGGGAAGGCGCGCGCCGACGCCGCUGACGCACGAGCCACGCUCGAGCGUGAGGAACGCGAGCGGCGCGAGCGGCGCGAGAGGGACGAGAGGGAGGCGAGGGAGGGCAAGGAGAGGGAGGAGAGGGAGGCCAGGGAGAGAGCGGCGCGCGACCAGGAGGCGCGGCUGGGCACGCACGUGGAGCAGCUGGGCUCGAGCGUGGACGAGCUGAGGGCGCGCCUGGAGGAGGUGGCGCUGCGGGUGCGCCAGGCGGCGGAGAACGCGAGCCGGGCGCUGCGCGACGUGGCGCUGAGCGGCGUGCGGCAUGGCGAGGUGGUGCGCAACCUCACCUUGAUCCCAGGACCACCAGGGAUGCCCGGACCGCGUGGUCAGAUGGGGUUCCCUGGGGUCGUGGGACCAGCUGGACCCAAGGGGGACAUUGGGGAGCGUGGCGCGGCCGGAUCCCCCGGUCCACAGGGGGUCAGAGGUCUCCCGGGCCCAAGGGGGGCCACGGGAAUACGGGGCCAGAUGGGCCGGGAGGGCAAGCAGGGGUCCGUGGGGGUCCCAGGUAAACCCGGGCCGCCAGGCCCUCCGGGGAAACCCGGCGAGCAGGGGCCAGUGGGGCCAAUGUGGCCCCUCGGCCUCCCCGAUUCACAGGGGUCACAACAGGGGUCACCGCUGGUGCCGAUGGGGCCAGGGAUGAUGGAGAAUCCCCUUCUGCAGAACAUGAGUGCAAGCCUGGCACCAGGACUCAGCUGCCCUGACCACUGGAAAAUCUUCGGGGGUCACUGCUACCUGCUAACUUUGAGGAGGAAAUCGUGGGACGAUGCAAAUUCCAACUGCCGGGAGCUCGGAGGAUACCUGGCCAUCGUCACAUCAAUUGAGGAGAAGGACUGGCUAGUGUUUGUGGGGAAACGCCGAUCAUAUUACCUGGGCCUGCACGACUCGGUGGUGGAGGGGCGCUGGGAAUGGGUGGACGGAUCUCCCGUGUCCGAGCCCACGUUCUGGAUCAAGGGGCAGCCGGACAACUGGGCGCACACGCUGGAGGGGCGCGAGGACUGCGGGGGGAUGAAAUACGACGGUGGCUGGAAUGAUUACAGCUGCAGCGAGACGCUCGGCUACGUGUGCGAGCGGGAGCCCCAGAGCCUGGGCCCAACUCGUUCCCCGUGAACCUCCAACCCUGACCGUCGCCUCGGCACCGGCAACGUCUUUACCUCACCCCCCCCCCCCCCUUACGUGACCAUGUUUCCCGUCACGGUGUGACGUCGACGCGCCGCGGUGUGACGUCCACGCUCUGCGGUGUGACGUCCACGCUCUGCGGUGUGGCGUCCACGCUCAGCAGUUUGACGUCAACGUUCUGCGGUGUCACACAGACACUCUGCGGUGUGACGCCGACGCCCUGCGUUGUGACGUCCACGCUCUGCGGUGUGACGCCGACGCUCUGCGGUGUGACGUCCACGCUCUGCGGUGUGACGUUCACCCUCUGUGGUGUGACGCUGACGAUCUGCGAUGUGACGCUGACGAUCUGCGUUGUGACGUCCACGCUCUGCGGUGUGACGCCGACGAUCUGCGAUGUGACGCUGAUGCUCUGCGUUGUGACGUCCACGCUCUGCGGUGUGACGCCGACACCCUGCGGUGUGACGCCGACGCUCUGCGUUGUGACGUCCACGCUCUGUGGUGUGACGCCGAAGCUCUGCGGUGUGACGUCCACGCUCUGCGGUGUGACGUUCACGCUCUGCGGUGUGACGCUGACGAUCUGCGAUGUGACGCUGACGAUCUGCGUUGUGACAUCCACGCUCUGCGGUGUGACGCCGACGAUCUGCGAUGUGACGCUGAUGCUCUGCGGUGUGACGCUGACGAUCUGCGAUGUGACGCUGAAGCACUCCUGGAAGCUGACCUCUCCACGCCCCCACUCCAAUGCCUGUGCUGUCAUCUUCCAACGCAGCAGCGUAGCUAUCGAGAUUUCAGGCAGUGCGACUGCACCGGAGCCCACGGUGCCAGGCAGGGCAAGGCGCCGGGUUACAAGGGGGAGAGAAACCAAGACAGGGGUCUCCAUUUCAUGUCCUGAGCGAGGGCACCAUGCCAACAGCAUCACGCAACUGUCUCAACGAUGCUAUCUCUACAUGACUUAUUUAGCCCGACAACUCAAUCACCACAAUGCUCCAUUACCACCAUCAUGCCAUCACCAUAUCUCCAAAUCACCUGAUCUCCUGGUGACCUUCCCGAUGCCUCUCUUAUAUCAUAGUGAACCCCAUGGCCUCCAAACGUCCAAACGUGCACACACACGUCAACUUAUCCUCACGCUGUGGGACGCAGCAUUCAAGGGCCUGUAGUGUGAACGUGUUGUUAUUUUUAUUCGUUUACACGAUCUCGUAAGUGUCUUCGAUCUAAAGUUUAUUGAGAUGAUCAUUUGUUUCAAUGUAGCCACCGCUACGAAUAAAAACGUGUGCAGCGAUACUGAUUUGUUUACGCACACGGGCCUAAUCAUUAAAAUCGUAGCUUUAGGAGUGACGCCUUGUGUGAUGAGACGUGAAGACCAUCAGCAUCUGAUCGGCGGAGAUCUCCUAGUGUCCUCCGUGCCGAGGAGAUUUCAGAUCGCAGUGCGUUCAAAUGGUUAAAUAAAGUGCAUUGCAUUUUA